AUGGCCUUCAACCCUUUCAAAAUUCAUGAGCUGGAGGACAUAAGUCACCUGCCCAUACGAUGUCCCCUGGAGAACUGUAUGGAUAUGGUGGCCCCCAUGGACUUACUGUUCCACCUGAAGGCGCAUCACCGCUUGCACACACCUGGUGACACGUACUUGCACCUGGCCUUCGAGGCAGAGCGCUGCCUCCUGACCUUCGAUCCCUCGCAGCUGCCUUCGAGGAAAACCAUUUGCUUGGGCGUUCUACUUUUUGGCGGCCAGCGUGGAAGUGUGGGACAAUUACCCGCCAUUCGAGGAAUCUGCUGCAGCAACCGUCUGCCACCGAUUUCUGGACUGGAUGCGCUCGGGGAUUUUCUGCCCGUCAUGAUUCUGGUGAGGAAGAGCUCCUUCCUCGAGUGGUUCUUGCUGGACAGGAACACGAAGCCGGAUCUGGAUGUACCUCCCAAAUGGGAGCACCACGAAUUGAGCGAUCCUGGAAGCCAGGAUUGGGUCAAGAAAGAAGAAUCUGAAAUUAAUAAUCAUCCCGAAAAUGUGGAGAGCUCGCAGUUCCCGCCCUCUUUCAGCCCAGAAGAUCAAGAACCAGCUGAAGAAGGAGAGGACAUUCGAGAUUUGGCAAUGUACACUAUUUGGACCCAAGGAGUCCCCUGCACCCUACCUCUCCACGUCACCAUGACCGCCUUCGACCGCAUCUUAUCGGAGGGUCGCAGUGCCCUGCGUCGGGUGGCCAACACGGGCAGGGUCUAUCCGGAGAUCUGCGGCAAGGAGCUGCCCAAGGACCGGAACAGCAUGACGCUGAGCCAACGAGAAAUAGACAAGCUUUGCGGCACACAACAUCAUGUCCAACUGGAACUGAUCCUGAGCGAGCGCUGCCAAAAGCCAACAGGGUGCUUCUAA